GUCGUAAUUACCGCUAAGUGUCUAAAAGCCGCGCCCUAGGGUUUUACAUGCCGGUAUAUUGACAGCGGUUCCAGGAGGAGCACCGACGGGGAAAUUCAAGAAGUCUGUACACAGGAAGAAACAACGCUCUGAAGAUGUCUGACACACGCAGCAGAAAAGCCAAACUCGAGCACACAAAGCAGCUUGUUGCUCAGAUGCAUGAAGAGAAAAGAAGAAAAGAAGAAGAAAGAAAAAAGAAAGAGUCUGAGGUACAGCAAACGGCAGAGUGUGUAUCAGAAGACUUAGACUUGGAUAGAAAGAGAAGAGUGAUGUCUCCAGACCUGUCUUCAGUGCAGCCACUCCACCUUUUAACAUGGGAUACCUGUUAUUUUCAUUAUUUAGUCCCUACCCCUCUGUCUCCCUCUUCACAAUCAGUGAGCGCUUCCAGUGACAACUGGAGCCAGGAGUCAGUGGAGGGAGGAACCGUGUCUAGGACGUUGCAGUGGGACAUGGACCCCUCAGCUCUUCAGCUCCUAGCAGACUCAGAGCACCGGUGCAGAAUGCACAAACUCGAAGCAUCAGAGAUUGUACAGUUUGAUUACAUGCCCAAAGAACUAGUGACAUACAGUAAAGAGACCCAGACUCCUGUAGCACCAAAGCUGUCUGAAGGAUUCUGCACAGAAGAGGAGGAGCAUGAAGAACUUCCUGUGGUCAAACCCAAACCUGAAUCUGAAGCACAUGUGGUGGACGACAGUCAGGAGGCUGUGCAAGAAUAUCCUAAGGAGCUCACAGAGGAGGAGAAGAAGCAGAUCCUUCACUCCGAGGAUUUCCUGAACUUCUUUGACCGUAGCAUUCGGUUGGUGGAGCAAACACUAGCUGACGACUUGGAUAUUUUCUUUGACUACAGCGGACGUGGAAUGGAAGACCGAGAGGGAGACACACAAGCUGGAUUUAAUCUCUCCUUCAACCAACAAUUCUAUGAUGAGCAGUGGUCCAAACAUCGAGUUGUUACCUGUCUGGAUUGGUCACCGCAGUACUCAGAAUUGCUGAUGGCUUCAUACAAUGCCAACGAGCAUGCGCCACAGGAACCGGAUGGAGUUGUGCUGGUGUGGAACAUGAAGUUUAAGAAGACAGCCCCAGAAUACGUAUUCCACUGUCAGUCCUCUGUGAUGUCAGUAGGUUUUGCAAAGUUUCAUCCAAACCUCGUAGUCGGGGGCACUUACUCUGGACAGAUUGCAUUAUGGGACAAUCGGAGCCAUAGGAAAACUCCAGUACAAAGGACACCGAUAUCUGCUGCUGCUCAUACUCAUCCGGUGUCCAGCAUAAAAGUGGUGGGAACCCAAAAUGCCAACAACCUGAUCACUGUGUCAACAGAUGGCAAGAUGUGCUCCUGGAGUUUAGAUAUGCUCUCUCAGCCACAGGAUAGUAUAGAACUAUACUAUAGCAAGUCUAAGGUAGUAGCUGUGACUGGAAUGGCUUUUCCAGCUGAUGAUGUGAAUAACUGUGUGGUGGGAAGUGAAGAAGGACCAGUGUACUCAGCCUCGCGGCACGGCAGUAAGAAAGGUAUUAGGGAGAUUUUUAAGGGCCACCAGGGGCCAGUGACUGGCAUCAGUUGUCAUAAUGCUGUGGGUCCCAUUGAUUUCUCCCACCUGUUCACCACUUCAUCUUUCGACUGGUCUGCCAAACUGUGGUCAACUAAACAUAACAAACCACUCUACUCCUUUGAGGAUAACGUUGACUACAUCUAUGAUGUUAUGUGGUCUCCUGUGCACCCAGCUGUCUUUGCUGCAGUGGAUGGAAUGGGUCGCUUGGACAUCUGGAAUCUUAACAAAGACACAGAAGUUCCUACAGCAAGUGUGACAGUGGAGCGCUCUUGUGCUCUGAACCGGGUCAGAUUUUCAUCGGAGGGCCGCGAAGUAGCAGCAGGUGAUUCUGAGGGUCGAGUCUGGAUCUAUGAUGUUGGAGAGCAAUUAGCAGUGCCAAAAUCCGAGGACUGGAGUCGACUUGCACAGGUUCUCGUGGAGAUUCAAGCAAACACUUAUGGAGAAAGUUCAAUAGAAGUCUCUAGCUGAUUGAUGUGCUACAAAAGCAAAACACACAUAGAUAUAUUUAUGUUCAGUAAUACAGAACUUUUAGAACAAAUGAAAAUAUUGA